CGUCCCGGGAGGCAGGGACGAGGAGGCGGCUGCGGAGGAGGCGCCUGCGGAGGAGACGCCAGAGCACAGCAGCGCCGGCGCCAGCAGCCGCCAAGUUGCCCGCGCCGAGCCUGGGCAUGCAGACCACGCCCCCGGGGGUCCGCUCGCUCCUGAGGAGCCCGUCGAGCGCGCGUCAGCGCGACCGCGGCAAGAUGAGCGGCGAGGGCGACUACAGCUUCAGGCGCGCGGCGAUCCGGCGGAAGUCCAACCCCUCCUACCUGCCGCCCGGCGCCCCGCGGCCCUGGGGUUGGCCUUCGUCGCACCUGGGGUGGGCCGAUACGGCCACGUUUAGGGCCCAGGCCGCCGCAGACGCCCCAGGCAGCAGUAUCUGUCCAAAGAUCACUCUAGCUCCACCUUGCUUGAAAGGCAGCACAACCACACUGAUUGAUCAGAAUGUAUCUGAUGAAGAGGCUCAGGGAAUAAAUGGGAAAACUCCAGCAGAACACACAGCUGCAAGUCCAAAGCCACAAGUGCCUCCAAAGCCACUACACCUGCAGAAUUCACCUUCGCCCAAUAUACACCAAACCCCCAGGCAUAAAGCUUUAUCUAGUGCAAAACCAAGGAUGGAGGAAGUUAAACCUGCCUCUGCUUCUUGUGUCUCAAAAGAAAAAUCCAGUAAGAUAUCAGAUCUCAUCAGUCGCUUUGAAGGAGGCAGCUCAUUAUCAAAUUACAGUGAUUUGAAAAAAGAUUCUGCUGUGAACCUAAAUGCUCCUAGAACCCCAGGAAGGCACGGAUUGACAACCACACCUCAGCCAAAACUCCUCUCCCAGCACUCACCACAGAAGCAGGGAAACGGUACAGAUCAGUCUCAGGGUGUACAGACUUAUGUGGCUAACGGUAUGGUAGCAGCACAAAACCAGAUGGAAUGUGAGGAGGAUAAAGCGGCCACUGUUAGCCCAGAUACUCAUAUUCGAACUUCUGAACCCUUGCCCGAUACAAACUUAGUGAAUGGAGAAGGACAAGAAACAACCACAGGCCCUGCAUCACCCACAACAAAUGACUGUGAGGAAAAUGCAUCUGACAGCAGCUGCAGGAUUUUCCAUGUUAGCCCAGUGCUCCCCCUGGAAGAAGGAAGGGCAGACACAGAAGCCAAGGGACAAGAGAGGGAAGAUGGAGAAAGUCCCCUAGAACUGGAGCAGCUGGACCAGCAACACGAGAUGAAGGAGACUAAUGAGCAAAAACUUCACAAAAUAGCCAAUGAACUUUUGCUUACAGAAAGAGCAUACGUCAGCAGACUUGACCUCUUAGAUCAGGUAUUUUAUUGCAAACUAUUGGAAGAAGCAAAUCGAGGCUCAUUUCCAGCAGAGAUGGUGAAUAAAAUCUUUUCUAAUAUUUCAUCAAUAAAUGCCUUCCAUAGUAAAUUCCUAUUGCCAGAGCUGGAGAAAAGAAUGCAAGAAUGGGAAACUGCUCCUAGAAUUGGCGACAUCCUUCAGAAAUUGGCACCAUUCCUUAAGAUGUAUGGAGAAUAUGUGAAGGGAUUUGAUAAUGCAAUGGAAUUGGUUAAAAACAUGACGGAGCGUAUUCCCCAGUUCAAAUUAGUAGUUGAAGAAAUUCAGAAACAGAAGAUCUGUGGGAGCUUGACUUUGCAGCAUCACAUGUUGGAACCUGUUCAGCGGAUUCCCCGGUAUGAGAUGCUCCUUAAGGACUACCUAAGGAAAUUGCCCCCUGAUUCUCCAGACUGGAAUGAUGCUAAAAAAUCACUUGAAAUUAUCUCUACAGCAGCAAGCCAUUCUAAUACUGCAAUAAGAAAAAUGGAGAACCUAAAGAAACUUUUAGAGAUUUAUGAAAUGUUGGGAGAAGAAGAAGACAUUGUAAAUCCUUCAAAUGAACUAAUAAAAGAAGGACAGAUCCUCAAACUAGCUGCUAGGAACACAUCAGCACAAGAGCGCUACCUUUUCUUGUUCAACAACAUGUUGCUAUACUGUGUGCCAAGAUUCAGCUUGGUGGGCUCUAAAUUCACAGUUCGAACCAGGGUUGGCAUUGAUGGAAUGAAAAUUGUAGAGACUCACAAUGAGGAAUAUCCACACACUUUCCAGGUUUCUGGGAAAGAGAGAACGCUGGAACUGCAAGCCAGUUCUGAGCAAGACAAAGAAGAAUGGAUCAAGGCGCUUCAAGAGACUAUUGAUGCUUUCCAUCAGAGGCAUGAAACCUUCAGAAAUGCAAUUGCCAAGGAUAAUGACAUUCACUCAGAGGUUUCUACUGCUGAGCUAGGGAAAAGAGCUCCAAGAUGGAUCCGAGAUAAUGAAGUUACGAUGUGUAUGAAAUGCAAGGAGCCUUUUAAUGCUCUGACAAGGAGAAGGCAUCAUUGUCGAGCAUGUGGACACGUGGUUUGUUGGAAGUGUUCUGAUUAUAAAGCUCAACUUGAGUAUGAUGGUGGUAAAUUGAGCAAAGUUUGUAAAGACUGUUAUCAAAUAAUCAGUGGAUUCACAGACAGUGAAGAGAAGAAAAGAAAAGGAAUUUUAGAGAUUGAAUCAGCAGAAGUAUCUGGAAACAGUGUGGUAUGCAGCUUUCUUCAGUAUAUGGAAAAGUCAAAACCUUGGCAGAAAGCUUGGUGUGUGAUCCCCAAACAAGACCCUCUUGUGCUGUACAUGUACGGUGCGCCCCAGGAUGUCAGAGCCCAGGCCACCAUUCCACUUCUGGGCUACAUUGUGGAUGAAAUGCCGAGGAGUGCAGACCUGCCACACAGUUUCAAACUGACCCAGUCUAAGUCUGUGCACAGCUUUGCUGCAGACAGUGAGGAACUGAAACAGAAGUGGCUGAAAGUCAUCCUUUUAGCUGUCACAGAAAUACUAGUAUUAGAAGAGAAUUUCUGCUUAUCCAGUCACCAUCUUCACAUUCCACAUGCUCUUUUGCCAAGCACAAAGAAAAGCAAUGAAGCAGCCUUACCUUUCUUAUUAAAGAAUCACAAAUGCUUUCAUCUGGAGAAAGGCAAAGGAAUACUCUUAGCCAUUUGGAAACACUCAACCAAAAGACCUCAAAAUGUGAUUGUUCGGUUACAAGAGUAGUCUCUGUUUUGCUUUCUGAGACACCUGAGCAAUCAUGACAAAUUGAACCGAGAAAAAUAAUUGGUGGUUUUACUAUUAAAACCAACAUUCCAUACUGGUCUUAUUCUUUAUUUUCUCUAAGUCAUCCUUUCUUUAAAGUACCCUUUCUCCAAACUUUAAAGAAAAAUGCUUCUUUGAUAAAAACUGCUAUUUAUUAUAAAACAUUCCAAUUUUUUAAACAUAAAUUUUGCUUUAUUGAAAGUCUACCGUUUGGUAUAUUAAAUAUGAAAUGUAGUGCAGACUUAUCUCCAGGUUUUAAGUGGGACCCAAUAAUGAAAAAUGCCACUAGCCACUUUUGUGAUAAUGGCAUGUAUAAUCAUGUAUGCAAGCAAUAAAACUGUACAGGGUAGGUUUUUAUACUGAAAUUUUAAUGUGAACAUUCCUAGCCACAAGGAUAUAGAGAAUUAACUUCUAGAAGUGAUACUGUAAUUCAAAUUGCUCAUUAUAGAGAAAAGAAAGUGUGUGUGGUGGGGGUGGGGUAGGGACAACAUUAAUCCUUGGAUUCAAGUAACCAUCAAAAGGCUUUUAUUUUUACAAAGGGUAUGGAUGGUUAAAAAGAGUUAAAGCACAUCUGCGCUACAUUAUCAAGUUACAUUUUGUUUUCCAUGAAGUUUAAUAUAGAUUAGUGUACUUAUAUUCACUGGGCAACCUACCCAAAUUAAAACAACAACAAUUUUUUUUAAUUACCAAAUUUUUUUUGUCUUCUUUGUGGAAACAGGGUGUUUUUUCCCCUUUAAAUUUUAGAUCUCAUUUCUAGUUAUACUCAAAGCCUUAAGUUCUUAUUCUGCGUAUAUUGUCUGUAAUAAUCUUUCUGAGCCGGAUAUAUCCUGAGGAAAAGGCACCAACAGGAGCAAAUAAACUUCUAGGGAACAAAGGUCUUUUUUUUUUCCUUUUUUUUUUUACAGGUAUCCUUGCUGCAGUGCAAAAUAGUUAAUUAAAUUUUUCUACAUCACAUAAUGUUCCUGUUAGCAGUCUAAGAUUAAGCACAUGGUAUUAAUAAGCUAAAAUUAAUUCAAAAGUCAAGAAUGUCGUAAUGUUUUAGUUCUUAAAUUUUGUAUUCUUCAAGAAUAUGUUAAUAUAAAAUCUGUGGCUAACCUGUUCUUAGGACUGUAGUGGACAUCUGUAGUGGGUCACGUUACUUUUUCAUUCUCAUCCAAUUUUAGUAGACUCAAAUUGCUUUUUAUUUUCAUAUUGCUAUCUACUGUAGAGUCUCCAGAUUUAGAAAAUAGGAGUAUCGUAUAUAAAAGACCACUAGAUAUACUGUUAAAAAACCCUUUGUGUGAAUUUAUGCAUACAUGUAUAUAUGUAAAAGCACUGUUAAUUUCCAGUUCUGUUUUUCCAUAGGAAUGAAAUUUUUAUAGAAAAUAUUCUUCUUAAGUAUUUUAAUAUAAAUUAUAAGAUGGAUUUUUAGUAUAAUUCAUUCUUAAGUAUGCCCCAUAGUCAUGUUGUCAUGAGAGAGUAACUUUGCUUUCUUUACUGAUGUGGUAGAGAGGAAUAAGAUUAGGAACUGAAACAAGCAAGAACGGACAGAGAGGUGGACAGAAAGAGACCCUUGGUCUCCAAAUCAGAGCAAUACAUGCUAAGAUAAAUGAAAAAUACUUAAGAGGGAUAUAAACUAUAAGAUGUAAAUCUAUGUAAUUGCACACUCAUGGGAUUCAUUGCACCUGGGCGUUUUUACCUUGGCCCCUAAAUUAUACCACUAGUAUCUUGUCAUUACUUUCUUUUUCUUUAGACUUAAAAAAAUAUUAAUUCUAUUGGGCCAUUUUCUGCACUGUUUACUGACAUAGAAAAAUCCCUCUAAAGUCAGUCGGUCUGUAUUCUAGUUUCUGGACUGAAACAUUUGGCAGGAAACUGUGUCUUUUCUGUCUUUUGAGAUGAAAUAGCACAUGGCUUCUAUAAGAUAGUUUUUAACUCAUUGGGGGUCACUGAGAGUUACAUGAUGUUUACCCCUUCCUAAAAUUCAUCGUGGAUUGAAUUAGUGAGAUUAGAUAGAUUUAGUGAGAAAUUAAAUCAAGAAAUGUAGCAUAUUUGAAUAAGUGAAUACCAAAUACAUAGAGUAAUAUAUGGGUUUGGAAAGAGAUAUAAUAAUCUGUGGGGACCAUUAUGAUAACAGAAUUGCAUUAUAUAUUACACAUUAUAUGGAUGUUGGAAUGUAUCACUUGGGGGCAGGGGUCUCCCUUCAUUAGCAAUCGUCUGUAUAUAUUAAACUUUGGGGGGUUUUGUUUGUUUUACCAAACUGGCAUUUCAUUUUAUGAGUGACAGUUGACUGAUAUUCUUCAAUAAGUGUUAUCUGGGUUUUUGUAUUGUUGACUGAUCAAUUUGAAAAGGUAUGUUAGCAAAUUGUCUGGAGGAAAAAAAAACAGCUAAGACUUGACAGUCGCAAUUCUAGGUGCCAGCCGUAAAAUUCAAUUACUGCUCAAUCAAUGAUGAAAUACACUUAGAAGUCUGACAUGAAAAAAAAAAGAAAAGAAAAGAUAUGUUAGCAAAAUUUUAGACUUAAAUGUGAAAAAGUGUACACAAAAAGUAAUUUUUGUUUUCUAGCUGUAUGAAUGUAAAAUACUUGCAGAUAGUGUAUAUAUUGUGUAACAUAUGUAUAUUUGGUCAUAAAAGAGAAUUGGAAACAUUGUAAAAUUAAGCACUUUAAUUCCUAUUAAACAUUAAACAAUUGUAUCUUGUAAAUAAAU